AUGCGCGCGAUGCCCGCCUCGUCAUGGGCCUCGCCGCUCCGAGUCCCUCUGCCAGAACCCAUCAUCAACAAGUACGACAAACCACUUGCGGGCGACGAGCCCUUGGAGUUGCCCCCACACCUUUCCACGAUGAUCGAGCAGUUUGCCACCGUUGACCCCAGCCCAUGGCAAGAAGAAGCCCCCAAGCGCUUUCAGCCGCCCCCCGGGCUAGCAGCCGAGCAAUCACUCGCAGGCCCUAGGGUGGCCAAAUCCGUCGUGCCCGUUGCAACCGAACUAGACUUGCCACCUGGCAUCAAGAUCUUUGGCGUUGACUAUGCCGGCUCCAUGUGCACACGCGUUGAGUGGAGAAUUGACGACCUCAAUGGAAAGCUCCAAGCCAGCAUGGGAAGGCCACUGGUUUCACCUCCCUUCGCAGCUCUUGGCCUACCCAAUCUUCGUCUAAUGGUGUUUCCUGAUGGACGGGAGACCAUGAAGAAUGCCCGGAGCAGUGAGCGCAAGGGCCUCUACACCCAGAUGAUCAAGAAGGGCCCGCUUCACGGCUCACUGAAGCUAAAGGCAGACUGCCUCCAGUGUGCCACCGUGAUGACCGUGAACCUCCUCGUGGGACAGGUUCGCGCUGGGCCCUUGGUCUAUGACUUCUCCGAGCAAGCGAUCCAUGGGCUCGAGGACUUGGGCGUGGAUUGGUUGAAGCAGGUGGACAAGGGCAACGGAAGCUUGACAGUCGGAAUUGAGAUUCUUGACGUGCGCCCGCAGCCUUGA